CGAACCGCUCCACGCUCAAAGCAAGGCUGCAAAAGCUUAAUAUAAUGAUUUCAUUGAUUUUGUUUUCCGGAUAUGUAUUUAUACCUCUAAUAAUAUUUGGAUAUACAGCGCCCAGUGAUUCCUUUGCUGUUAAUCGGAGUAGUAACGCCGAAAGUCAUGAUUGGACCUAUCCUGAAUUCGGAAAAGUAUCCUUUCGACAUGCAGGCAGAUCAGAGAACGGAGAUACUCAAAAUUAUCAUCGCGAGGCUGAACGAAAUGCUACCUUCAAGCGCGGAAAUAACUAUCACAAGCCGACCGAGAAAAUAAGUAGACAUAAGAGCAAAUACAAGCCCUCGGUAUUUGAUCGAAGAAAGAAUACAAAUUCUCAUUUGGGCGGUGAUACAGAAAGUCGACACUAUCAUACCUUUGAGGAAAUUCAUGAACACGUCGAGGAGGACGACGAUGGACAGCAGUACCAAGCAUCGGAGCAAAUUGGUACCCAGUCGAUCCUGCACGAAAAGGAUCAUCAUUCCAACAAGAAAGAUGAGAAACGGAUGAAAGUUAAAAUAAAGCAUCAUCAUCAUCAUCAUCAUCACAAUCACAUUAAGGAAAUGAUAAAGACAGUACCCCAACCGUAUCCUGUAGAAAAGGUUGUACACGUGCCCAUUGAGAAAAUUGUGGAAAAAAUUGUGCAUGUUCCAAAGCUUGUUAAUGUUACGGUUGAGAGAAUUGUGCAUGUGCCCGUUGAAAAAAUAGUCGAAAAAAUCGUUCACGUUCCAAAACCAGUGCAAGUCCCAAAACCCUAUGUUGUGGAGAAAAUCAUUGAGAAAAUAGUUCAUGUUCCAAAACCAUAUCCUGUUCUUCGGACCGUUCCGUAUCCUGUGGAAAUCAAGGUGCCCAUAGCACUCGAAAAGAAAGUGCCUGUUCCCUACAAGGUUGAAGUGGAAAGAAAGGUUCCUGUUUACAUUCGAUCAAACGAGCCAUAUAAAUUUGAGCCUUCACCUUUUGAAAGCUAUCACCAGCCCGAAGAGUUUAAAUAUAAUAUGGAAAUUGAUCAUUCACCGCCGCCGCCACCUAGAGAUCACGAGCAAGCUUCGCUGCCUUCAAAUUAUUACAAUAGGAUAUACAAAUCGAAAGAAUUAGAUCUUCCUCCCCGAAUCGAAGACUAUCAAAACACAGCUCUGCCGCAGUAUAGGCACGAACCUGUUUUAAAAAGCUCUAUUGAAACGGCUUCUUCUGGUCGAGAGCCUGUUUCUCUGAAGCUUGUCGGCCCCACACCCCAGGCGUUUAACAUCACAGGCCAAGAUUUGGAUACCGCCAACUCAGCCCCACCGUUCGUAAAUAAUUCCAAUUUUGACCUGAACCCCCAGGAAUCAGCUAAUGCCUUCCGUGGGAUUCCUUUCUCGCUACCAUUCCAAUUUGUCCAAUUGCAACCUAUGGCAUUCCAGAGUGCUAUCAACGUGGAGUUGCCAGCUCCAUCAGCUGUUGCAGAAUCGACUCCAAAAUAA